CUCGCAUUGUGAGAAAAAGGAAAAACUACCAUACGCAGCCUGCUCUGAAAAAAUGGCCAAUGAUAAGGAAAAGGUUCUCCACAUAGUAAUGCUUCCAUGGCUAGCCUUUGGACACAUGAUCCCGAACCUCGAGCUAGCCAAGCUCAUUGCUGGAAAGGGUCACCGUGUGAGCUUCGUAUCCACUCCUCGAAACAUAGAGCGUCUCCCCAAAGUCUCGCAAAACUUGGCCACACUCAUCGACUUCGUCAAGCUUCCGCUGCCCAAAGUCCCAAACCUUCCAGAAAAUGCAGAGGCCACCACCGACGUCCCCUACGACGUCGUUCAAUACCUGAAGAAAGCCUACGAUACUUUGGAAGAACCCUUCACCCAUUUUCUCGAAUCUUCCAAAGCCGAUUGGCUCUUCUACGACUUCGCUCCCUUCUGGGCAGCUUCUGUAGCUUCCAAACUUUGCAUAAGGAAGGCCUUUUACAGCAUUUGCACUCCACCCUUCCUCGGCUUCUUAGGACCCCCUUCCGUCCUCAUGGGCCACGACAGUUCAUACCGCCAAAAACCUGAAGACUACAUCGUUGCUCCUCCGUGGGUCCCUUUCCCGACCACCGUCGCCUUCCGUUACUACGAGAUCAUGCGAAUCGUGGACAGCCUCUCCUCCCAAAACAACUCCGGCGUCGCCGACACGAACCGGUUCGGUGUCAGUAUUCAGAACUGCGAUAUCGUUUUUAUUCGAGGAUGCACUGAGUUCGAAUCGGAGUGGUUUCAUCUGCUGGAGAGCAUUUACCAGAAGCCAGUUCUCCCGGUGGGGCAGCUACCCAGCACGGCGCCUGUUGGCGGCGAGGACAACGACACGUGGAGGUGGAUGAAGGGCUGGUUGGACAAGCAGGCGCGUGGGAGCGUUGUGUACGUGGCGUUCGGGAGCGAAGCGAAACCGACGCAAGAUGAAGUGACGGAGAUAGCUUUAGGUUUGGAGAAAUCGAAGCUUCCGUUUUUGUGGUUGCUGAGGGUUCAGCGUGGUCCGUAUGACCCAGAUGUGCUGAGGUUGCCGGAAGGGUUCGAGGAACGAAUUAAGGGACGUGGAGUUGUGUGCAGCAGUUGGGCACCGCAGUUGAAGAUAUUGGAACACGUGGCUGUUGGUGGGUUCUUGACUCACUCCGGUUGGACAUCUGUGGUGGAGGCUGUUCAGAACGAGAAACCGUUGGUUCUGUUAACGUUCUUGGCAGACCAAGGGAUAAAUGCGAGGGUGUUGGAGGAGAAGAAGAUGGGAUACUCUGUGCCCAGAGAUGAACGAGAUGGAUCGUUCUCGAGUGACUCGGUCGCUGACUCAUUGAAACUGGUUGUGGUUGAAGAAAAGGGAAAGAUCUACAGAGAAAGAAUAAAAGAGAUGAAGGAUUUGUUUGUCAAUGGAGAGCGACAGGAUAGGUAUAUCGAUAAUCUCAUACACAACCUUAAAAGCCUCUCUAAAUGUUAAUCCCUACUAUCAUUGUUCUUAUGUCUGAUUUUUAUGCUAAGGUUUUACCUGUCGUUUGUAAUGGAAAAUAAUCUGAAAAGAAACGUUAAAAAUUUUAAUUUGCAAUAAUAUGAACGAGAAUAUUAGCUUUUGUAGUGGA